AUGCCUUGGAACGAUCGCGCCACCAUCUUCCUGCGGAAGAACGCUUUGCAGGCCGAGAUCGAUGCUGCCGCAGAGGUGUCUUUCCGUUUCGGCGUCAAAUGUGUCGAGGAGCUCUACACACAACAGCCUCCUAAGAACGCAGCAGGAUCAUGGAACUGCGUCGAGUAUCGUGCGCUGGAAGGCUUUGUUCUCGCAGUUUCGCCAUUCAACUUCACAGCGAUCAGUGGAAACCUUCCAGGUGUUCCCUCAAUCGUCGGUAACACAGUCGUAUGGAAACCUUCACCAGCAGCCACGUAUUCCAACUACUUGAUCUAUCAGAUCCUCGCGGAGGCUGAUGUUCCACCCAGCGUCAUUCAGUGCAUUCCAGGCCAUUUCCAGAAGUCAUCGCACCCCCAACUUUGCUGCGCUCCACCUCACAGGCAGCACGUUUAUAAUCAAGAACCUAUGGAAAGACAUCGCCGCAAAUCUGGACAAGUAAAAAGGUAUCCGAGGAUCGUCGGUGAGACAGAAGGAAAGAACUUCCGUGUCAUCUACAAGUCGGCAGAGAUCCGAAAUGCAGUUUUGCAGAUCAUUCGAAUGCCCAUCCUCAAUGUGUCCAUCAGCCAGUCGAGCUUCAAUCUCGACACGUCGGGCGUCGCUGGAUUCUUCGGUGGGGAUGAAGCCAUCUCAGCGAUGGCAACUGUCCAUCUCUACCGCGGGAGGCGCUGGCUAGGCUGGUAUAAUUCACCAGGAAGUUACAUUGUUGCCAAAAAGUUCGGGCAACUUGCUAAUUCGCGAUUUUGGGAUGGGCUUUUCCCUGGUCCAAAUUUAACACCAGCUGAAGUAUUUGGGCUGGAUGGAAAGACCGGCCCCCGUUAUUGGGGCGUUUUGUCAGGCACGGAUAUGGCCUGUGGUCACCUGGCAUACCUCGUGGUGCAGAAGACGGAAGAAGUCGAGGAAGUGGUAGAAUUGGGAGGACGGGAGACUAUACCUCAAACAGUCACCAUCCUCGAUGUCGGAGAUGUGAUACUCAAGCACACGGACCAGGCGCCAAUGAUGAGCGUCCACCAUGCUCUCUUGGCCGCUAUCCCCAUUACCAUCAAUCUCGCAACGUGCGUGCUUUGCGCGGCUUCGGGAGAUUGGCUAGCUUUUGCCCUCAUCCUGCUGGGAGUCAUUUCAGGCGGGACAUCUUGCUUUGUCAUCGGCUCUGCUCAACUCGACUUUCUUGCUGGCGUGAAAGAACCCUCUCCAGGCACGCCGCCUGCAGACGGGAUACUCCUGAUGCGAAACAAUGUAGUCAUUGUCCGAGGCGCAGAGAAAGACAUUAAUCCAAUAACGAAAGGCAAAUUCGUCCUAAGGAUGCAUGGCGGCCCAGAGUACAGACGGAUUGGACUCUGCUCGCUUCUCCUCCUUGCGCAGUUCCUUCUCCAGCUCCUUUUCAUGCCUCAGGCAUCAACAUUUGGGCAGAUCAUGUUCAUCUCAUCGGUUGCGGCCUCGUGGGCAUAUAAUUCAUUUUUGUCGUCGUUGGAGCAAGAGAAGAUACAGGUCGAUCUCUUAUGGAAAGCACUUGGCAAUCCACAACUAUUGAAAUUUGGCCUCAAAAGUAGAGCUGCUCAGGCAGUUUUUGCGUGCUUAGUCCUCAGUAAUGGCAUCCAAAGGCCAUCUGUCGACUUCAAACCAAAGAAAGUCUUGCAUCGGUUCAUCUCGAACGACACGAGGGUAUGGGAUGUAUGGAGAGACAAAGUGGCGGAGCAGUUGGAAAAUAACAAAGCAGAAAAGUCGUUCAAGCUUAGCUCAGACGAUCUACGAGGGUUCGGAGAUCAUGAAAGGGCCCUCCUGGCGUCAUUGCUUCGAGACGCAGAGGACACGUAUGGAGGUUACCAGGAGCAAGUACAUAAGAUCAAAGACAAUAGCCACAUUUCUGAGAAACAAGUAACUCGACCGGACUCCGUUGUUUAG